UUUAUCUAGGAGACAUCAGGGAGGAAGGCUCAGAGGUUUGAGUUCAGGGAGGAACAGUGACUCCUUUUCUGAGUUUGUUUUCCACAAAUGGGCACUAAUAGGUUCACACUUUGCAGCGUCAUUAUCAUUAUACUUCAGGUCUCAGCUGCCUGGGCUGCAGAGGAGUCACCAUGUGUACCUGGAAAGCAGUCGGAUCAGCUGGUAGUCACCGUGACCAAAAAGCACUUGAGACAUGGGACAGUCCUGGGCAAAGUUGCCUAUACUGACAGCAAAAACAGCACAAGAUCACCUUUCUGGUCUGAUGAUAAGCACUUUGUGGUCCGGUCAGAUGGAACACUAACAGGCAUCGCUGAUGAGGAGGUACCCAUCCUGCAUUUUCCUAAGGCUCCCAAAGGAAUGAAGAGGCGGAAGAGAGCGUGGAUCCUCCCUCCAAUCAGUGUUACUGAGAAUCAGCGUGGACCAUUUCCCUUAAAAAUUAGUCAGGUAAAGUCUGAUGACCAUGUAAACAAACGGAUCCGCUACAAAAUCACCGGUCCAGGGGCUGACCAGGAUCCCGUUAAACUCUUCACAAUGGAUGAGGAAACAGGUCAUCUUUAUGUUACACAACCUCUGGACAGAGAGAAACAAAGCAGUUACACGUUGAAAGCACUUGCCGAGUUAGAUGGUUCGGCAAAAGCAGAGGAUCCAAUUGAUGUUACAAUCGUGGUCAUUGACCAGAACGACAACAAUCCCGUUUUUAAAAAAACAGUCUACAAUGCAGAAGUUCCUGAGUCUUCAACAAGAGGUUUUGAGUUUAUUCAGGUUGAGGCCACAGAUGCUGAUGAGCAAAAUACUGACAACUCUGACAUUAGGUACCGUAUCAUGGAGCAGAUCCCAGAGACACCGGACCCUGAAAUGUUUACCAUAAAUGCUGUAACUGGAACAAUGAGAGUCAACAUGGCCAAGUUGGACAGAGAGGAAAUCGAUAGUUACACACUGAAAGUGCAGGUGGCAGACCAGAAAGGCGAAGGUUUAACAGGAGAAACAACAGUGAUUAUUAAGGUCACAGACAGCAACGAUCACGCGCCAAUCUUUACUAAUCCGUCUUACAAAGCAACAGCAGGGGAGAAUGAAGUAGAUGCUGAACUUGUUCGGAUGUCCGUGACAGACAAGGAUGAGGAACAUUCUCCUAACUCGAAUGCAAAGUUCACAAUCGUCGGUGGAGAUCCUGGAAAUCUCUUCAGUGUGAAAACAGGAAGUAACAAACUAGAGGGAAUCAUUACUACUGCAAAGGGUCUGGACUUUGAGAAGACCAGUAAGCAUACCCUGCUGGUUGCGGUGCAGAAUGAGGUUCCUUUUGCUACUGCAUUGACCACUUCCACUGCCACAGUGGAGGUGACUGUGAGAGACGUCAAUGAACCUCCGAUAUUUGAAACAAAAGAGACCCCUGUAUCCAAAAGGGAGGACCUUCCUGUGGAAAGCACCGUGGUGCAGCUCACAGCCACUGAUCCAGACGUAGCACGCAAACAGAAAGUCAAGUAUAAAAUAUUCACUGACCCCGCUAAUUGGCUGAGGAUUGAUGAAAAUACUGGAAAAAUCACAGUGAAAGACGAAAUGGACAGAGAAUCUGUCUGGGUCAAAGACAACAGAUACACAGCAAUUAUUACUGCAUAUGAUGAUGAUCAAAUCCCAGCAACAGGAACUGGUACCUUGAUUAUCGAGCUAGAGGAUGUCAAUGACAACCCACCUGUCAUUGAAGAACGGGAAUUUAAGAUGUGUAACGAGGAACCGGUUCCUCAGAUUCUGACUGUAAAGGAUAAAGAUGGACCAGACUUCACUUCUCCAUACAGCGUCAGCUUACAGGGCCCUUCGAAUGCUAACUGGACUGCCAGGAUGAAUGACACCAAAAUGGGCAUCAUCCUGACUUUAAAAACCAAGAUUCCAAGAGGAGAUUACAAGGUGGUCUUGAGUGUUGAAGACAACCAGGGUCUGUCACAGGUCAGCACAGUUGCAGUUAAGGUUUGUGACUGCACCGGAGAGGAGCCCUGCAUGCAAAACCGGACUGGUAGCUCCAGUCUUCCCGUCACCCUGGGGAUCCUUGGGGCUGUCCUACUGUUGUUUAUCGUGUUGGCGGUGGUGCUUAUUUCAAGAUGGAAUAAAAAAACAGAGAAGGUGCUGCUGCUACCCCCAGAAGAUGACCUCAGAGAUGAGAUUGUUUGCUAUGAUGAAGAAGGAGGCGGAGAGGAUGAUCAGGACUAUGAUCUGAGUGUUAUCCACCACGGUUUGGACAACCGACCUGAUAAAGUCAGGAGUGACGUGGCUCCGAUGGAACGCAGUCAGCCCCACUACAGACAUCUCCCUAACAAUCAAGAAGAUAUGGCCAGCUUUAUUGACCAUAACCGGAAGUUGGCAGAUAACGACCUAGCUGCUCCCCCCUUUGACUCCCUGCUGGUGUUCGAUUCAGAAGGAGGGGAAUCGAAGGCAGGGAGCCUCUCUUCACUGUACUCUUCAAAUGAUGGAGACCAAGACUAUGAGCCCCUCAAAGAAUGGGGCCCCCGCUUCAAGAAACUGGCCGACAUGUAUGGAGGAGGAGAGAAUGACGACAUGCUGUAAAUGUAACCCCACCCAGGAGAAAAAUUGCUCCAUGCAAUUUAAGGGACAACAACAUGGGGAAACCAAUGAGACAUGGGGUGGGAUGUGUGUGUGUUUAUGAUCAUAACUCUAAAGCCGUAGAAUAAGUUUGUUUUGUAAAGUAAUUUUGCUUUAUUCACUUUUAUAUUUUUCACUGAACAUAUGCAUUGGAAGCUUUUAGAAGUGAGACUUGUGUCAAAUGUGAAAAUCUACCUAGUUUUUUCUUUUGUUUAUUAAAUUCCAUAAUUAUUUUUUCUGUACAUCAACAUAAAUUCA